GAAUAAUAACGCAGGAGGCUCUCAUCUGUUGCCCUCACGCGCGUUGUCGGUGGAAGCCUCAGUGGACCCUUCUUCAUCCCAAGGGGCCCAAGUGAGCUCAUAUGGGCGUUCUGACGCGAGUCCUGCAAUUCCGUCAACCCCGGACGACACGCCGAAUAGUCCCUCACCAGAUUUCUCAGACCUACCCUUCAUUCCUCGAGUACUCUAUGCCUACGGUCUCAAGAGAGAUGCAAAAUCCAAAAAGGGCUAUUGGAAUAAGCACAAAUGAUCACUGACCAUGCCCGCUAUGCUCUGACGAUUUCCACAAAUCAAGAUCCACAUCGUCGAAUGAGAAUGAUUGGUGGAGGCAUCUCCAGCAGAUGCAUCUCAAGAACGAUGUGAUCUCAUACAUUGCGAAAAGCCAUCGCAUCGACAUCAUAGCCCUUCUAUUUUUGCAACUCUUUGAGUCCGUUUCGAGGAGCGUCACGAUGAAUGAUGAUUUGAGCCCACUCGUGAAGAGCACGAUGAGAUCUGGGUUUUUUACUCGGUGUACGGUGAAAAUCGAACAGAUGGACCAACCAUCAGUACGAUCGAGGAAGGAAAGGGGCACUAUCCCAGGCUGAUGGCUCGA